GCGGAAGUCCCGCCCCUCUCGCGCUCCUUCCGCAGAGGCAGAAGCAACGCGGAGGAGGUUGGAGUGAGAGGUCCCCGAACGCGCGGCCGGCACCAUGAGCCUCCUCAACAAGCCCAAGAGCGAGAUGACCCCCGAGGAGCUGCAGAAGCGGGAGGAGGAGGAGUUCAACACGGGCCCGCUCUCCGUGCUCACGCAGUCGGUCAAGAACAACACGCAGGUGCUCAUCAACUGCCGCAACAACAAGAAGCUGCUGGGCCGCGUGAAGGCCUUCGACAGGCACUGCAACAUGGUGCUGGAGAACGUGAAGGAGAUGUGGACCGAGGUCCCCAAGAGCGGCAAGGGCAAGAAGAAGUCCAAGCCGGUCAACAAGGACCGCUACAUCUCCAAGAUGUUCCUGCGCGGGGACUCGGUCAUCGUGGUGCUGCGCAAUCCGCUCAUCGCCGGCAAGUAGGGCCGGCCCCGCCCCGCCCCGCGCCCGCAUCAAUAAAGCCCGUGUGUGUUUUCUA